AUGGAUCGUAGAUCCCGACCUCAGCCAGGGCGCCGAGCUCGCCACAAUUACAACGAUCUGUGCCCACCCAUAGGCCGCCGGGCAGCCACAGCGCUCCUCUGGCUCUCCUGCUCCAUCGCGCUCCUCCGCGCCCUUGCCACCUCCAGCACCCGCGCCCAGCAGCGCGCGGCUGCCCAGCGCCGGAGCUUCCUGAACGCCCACCACCGCUCUGCAGCCCAGGUAUUCCCCGAGCCCCCUGAAUCUGACCACGAGGACACAGACCUCGAGCCCUCCCUUCCCGAGUGCCCAGAGUACCAGGAAGAAGAGUUCGACUACGAAUCCGAGACCGAGUCCGAGUCUGAAAUCGAGUCCGAGACCGAAUUCGAGACCGAGUCUGACACCGCGCCCACCACUGAGCCGGAGACCGAGCCCGAGGACGAGCGGGGCCCCGUGGUGCCCAAGCGCCCCACCUUCCACCAAUCUCUCACCGAGCGUCUCAGCGCCCUGAGGCUGCGGAGCCCCGACGCCUCCCCGAGUCGUGCGCCGCCAAGCACUCAGGAGUCUGAGAGCCCCAGACGACGGGAGGAGCCCGAGGACAAGGAUCCGAGGGACCCCGAAGAGUCUGAGGAGCCAAAGGAGGAGGAGAAGCAGCAGCAGCGCCGCUGCAAGCCGAAGAAGCCCACCCGCCGCGACCCAUCCCCCGAGUCCCCUUCCAAAAGGGGGCCCAUCCCCAUCCGGCGUCACUAA